AUAUAUUUCAACAUUACUUCUAAUGCUAAAAAAUAAGCAGAAAAAUAUUUAUCUUCAGAUUACGACAACUGCCGAAAGCUGAAAAGAUAAACAUGGACACGAUGGAGGUGGUUGAGCCAAAGUUUACAAAACUUGUAGAUGGCAUGAUGGGGGCUGAAGGCCCUGUAUUUGACAAGGACGAUAAUUUCUACAUGGUUGCACCUGAAGUAGAGAAAAAUGGCAGUUUUGCGGGCCAGGUUCUACGCAUUGAUCUGAAGAAUAGCAAGUCCUCCGUUUUGUGUGAGCCUGCUGUGGAUGGAGAUGGGGGGAUCCCCGCAGGGUGUCAGUGUGAUAAAGACAACGUCUUAUGGAUCGCAGACAUGAGGCUCGGUCUCAUCACGGUGGACACAAAUGGUACCUUCAAACAGAUUUGUAAAGAGGAUAAGACAGGCCGUACAAUGCAGGGCUGUAAUGACUGCACCUUUGAUUAUGAGGGAAAUCUCUGGAUAACAGCGCCAGCUGGAAAAAUCGCCCCUCACCCAUACGAAAGGUCAAUGGAGGAGCCGUUUGGGUCUGUUUACUGCUUCACCAAUCAGAGGGAGAUGUUGUUGAUUGAUACAGGGCUGAGGUUUCCUAACGGCAUCGCUGUCUUACAUUCCCCUGACGGCAGGCCGCAGACCCUGAUUGUAGCCGAGACCCCCACUAAAUCACUGUGGGCCUAUGACAUCCAGGGUCCAGGGAAAGUGGGGCAGAGGAAACUCUGGGGAAAGCUGCCAGGUGACUUGGAGGGAGGACCGGAUGGUAUGGACUUUGAUGAGGAGAACAAUCUCUUAGUGGCUCACUGGGGGUCGGGAUUUCUGGAGGUGUUUGGAAGAGAGGGAGGGACCCCCCACACCCGUAUCAGGUGCCCCUUCUCCAGGACUAGUAACCUCCACUUCAGGAAGGGGACGAAGGAAGUGUACGUCACCGAGCACGAUUCUCACGGGCUGUGGAAGUUUGACUGGCAGAGGGCCGGCAAGUUGCAGUAUUGUGACAUCAUAUCUCUGUGAGGCAGCUUAUUUUACUGUAUUUAUUGAGUUAUCAUGACUUUAUCAAUGGUGCUAAUUCUUGCCUUAAAACACUGCUAGGUUGUUGAAAAAUUAAAACAACUCUCCAUUUAUUGUAUGAUGCAUUUAUUGUUGCAGAAAACAAUUUGUUUGCAUAUUUUGAUAUACAUAUGUACAAUGUACAUAUAUAUGCAAUAUAUCAACAACAGCUGCAUAGUUUGGUUUAAAUUGACAAUCAUUAAAAUACAAGAAAACAAGCUUAUAACUAAAUGCCAAAAACAGACAGUUCUGCUUUGAAAUAUGUGCAAUUUGUUAUAUCAAUUAAAGUUACAAUGUAUUUUGAAGUUAAUGGAAAUGAAAAUUACUUUGCUAUAAGCAUCAGUUCAUUAUAAGCACAUUUUUCUGUAAUUUUACGCAGGUAUAUCUACAAAUACUUUUUGGAAAAUCUUGGAAAUUUUUGUUCAUAUUGUAUUUUACACUUUGA